ACACACACAAUAUUACAAGCACAUUUCGAGUAUAUUACACUCGUAAAUUUUCAAUUCGACAGUUCCAACAUUUCUACACAAAACAGUAAAUAUACAUUAAACUUAAAUACAUAAGAAGACACUGCAGCAACAACAAUGGCCGCUCCCAAUAUAGAGGAGGACUACAAGCCGGGUAUGCUGCCGUAUCCGGAGUCGGAAAAUCGCAAAGACUUUUGCAAAUAUCAUUGGAAGGGCCUCAUGGUGUUGCUUGUACCAAUUUUACUUUGUCCACUGCUAUUUGUUAAUAAUUCAUUUGUUCUUCCACAACGUAUGAUAUAUCUGGGCUGCUGUGUCUAUAUCUACUAUAUAUUUAAUUUAAUAUCACAAGGCGCAAUUGCUUUUAUCUAUAUUGUGCUGGUGCCAGUCAUGGGCAUAGCGUCGUCCAAAGACUGCGCCAAGUAUUAUUAUGUCGAAUUAUUGUUUGUUACCUAUGGCAGCAUUUUCGCUGGCAUUAUGAUGGAUGCUUCCAAGCUGAGCGAACGUCUGGCCAUGUGGGUUAUCAAAAUAACAGGCUCGAGUAUGUUGCUCCUACAAUUUGUUUUGAUGAUUGGCACAUUUCUCUGUUCGAUAUUAUUUAAUUCCACUUUUAUUAGCGCUAUCUGGAUGAAAAUUGCAAUGGCUGUUAUGAAAGAGUUCAAAGCGGCUGGCGUACUUGAAACUGAGAGCGAUGAGGAAACCUAUGAGCGUCAGUCUAUACCAUAUCCAACAAAUCCUGCAAUUGGCGUUUAUUUGACGGUUUGUUAUGCUUCCACGUUGGGCGCCAUGAUAUCGAUUUUUCAGGAGCCCAACUAUUUGAUACAUAAAACCUUUAAAAAACAUUUGGAAGACAAGGAACCUGGCAAAGGAAUCAUCCUUUUAAUGGGACCCGCAUUUAUUGGACUCAUCUUUGUUUGGAUAUCGAUUGUUUUCUUCUUCUUUGGCUAUUUUCGUGUGGGCAUCUUUAAAAAUAAUAAAACCAGAGAAAUGGUGCGAGAAGCUUCAGCGGGCAAGGACACACUACGCAAUGCCAUGAAUGCCAAAAAAGACGCCAUGGGUCCCUGGGGUGUUUAUCCCAUAUUAGUAUUUAUAAUGUUAAUUGUUACCUUGCCGGUGCUACUUACGCGUCAUCCGUUGAUCUUCUGGGGCUGGGGUGAUGAGCUCCGUGCCGAGCAUGGGGACCAAGGCGCAUCGGUUGCGCUUAUAUUGAUGGCCAUACUAUGGUUUGCUAUACCCGCAAAUUAUGCAUUUUGUCGUUAUUAUUGCUGCAUUCAGCCCGCCAAGCCGGGCAAGUCGCCAUCCCUAAUUGGCUGGAAUAAGGCCAACGCGGACACACCCUGGGCACAUAUCUUUAUGCUGGGCAGCGCUUUUAGCGGUAGCUAUGCCCUUAAGGCAGCCAAAGUUUAUGAACUAAUUGGCGAUCAUUUGGUGAAAAUUGGACUAGAGCGGAAAGGUGCUGCCAUUCAUGGUGCUAUCAUAGGCACCUCCUUUGCAGCCCUGGUGCCCGGCUGUGGUGUUUCCAGAUUUGGUCUGCAAACUAUGAUCGAUGCCGGCUUACGCCUCAAACUUGGCGCUGGUGCCGUCGCCAUUGCCUUCUCCUCGGCACUUCACAUUAGCUUCCUGCUGCCCGUUAGUGCUCCAGCCAACACAAUUGUCGCUGGCUGGGCUAAUAUUCGUCCAUAUCAAUUUAUGAUUGGCGGCUGGUUGCCCACUUUAGCCUCGUUUUUAACCACGUGGUUGUUUAGCGUAGCAUUUGCCGAUACUGGCUAUCCAGGUCAUGAUGAUGAAGAAGCAGAGAUGUUAACAACUAGCAAAUAAUGCUGAAGAAAUCAGCUUUCAAGCAAAUUCUUUGUGAUGACUUCUAAUUAGCGCUUGAGCUUAGGCAAGCUCUAACUAAUGAUUCCAAAAUUUUGGUUAGCAACAGACUGUGUUGAGUCUGUUGUUUAUAGCUGGUGAUCCAAUGAUUCGUAGCAAAAUAUUGUGCACUUCAAAGCAGAAGUAGAAGAAAGUAAAGACUAGAAUCGGAUUCAUUUGGUGCAAGUUAGUUUACAAAACUAUGAACAAGCAGCAAUGAUGUUAAAAGUAAAUUUAACGAUCAUUGAAAUGAAGAAGUGAAGUAGAGAUGAAAGUUGAUGUACAACUAAAUUAAUCGAUGAAUUGCCGUGCAACGAUUUAAAAACUAAAUUUAGUGAAGAAAGUGAAAAAGUCCAAUACUUGUGAGACGUUACAGAUGAAAGUUGAUGUAAAGCUAAAUUAAUCGAUUAAUUGCUGUGCAACGAUGUAAAAACUAAAUUUAACAAUCGUCGAAGUGAAAAAGUCAAAUAUUUGUGAGACGUUACAGAUGCUUAGAGAUGAAAGUUGAUGUAAAACUAAAUUAAUCAGUUAAAAGCUUCAAAUUUAAAUUGAACAAAAUUUUUUAGAACAAUUUGGUAUAACAACAUUCAAGUAUCUUAACACUCUUUUGCAACACUGCAGACUACAAUCGAUAAUUACUUAAUACAUGAAUAUUUCAAAAG